GCCAAAAAAAAAGUUCCACACAAGCAACUCCAAGAAACACCAGGUACCUCGAACUUUGUGAUCGUCAGCUUUUCCUAACCCCCGCCCCCUCAAUAUCUCACGCUCGGCUGCGCCGGGCAACUUCUGGGCAAAAUGGGUCUCGCUGGUGCAAAGAACAAACGGAGACUCGGCAACGAUCCGAAUAACAACAGAUGGAUGCGCAACACCGAAUCUUUUGGCCAGAAGAUGCUGCGGUCGCAGGGGUGGGAGCCGGGCCAGUACCUCGGAGCCAAGGACGCGGCGCAUGCCGAAAACUAUGGAGCUGCCAGCGCAUCGCAUAUCCAGGUCACCUUGAAGGACGACACCCUCGGUCUUGGAGCCAAACGAAACAAUGGAGACGAGUGCACAGGACUGUUCGACUUCCAACACUUGCUCGGGAGACUCAACGGCAAGAGCGAGGAGGCGCUGGAGAGUGAGCUGAAGAAGCGCGAGGAUCUGAUGAUGAACUCAUAUCUUGAGCGGAGAUUAGGGACGAUUCGCUUCGUUAGGGGCGGUUGGUUGGUGGGCGAUGUGCUGAAGAAGGAGCCACAAGAGGGUGCCGACAAGGGCGAGGUCAAUGGUGCUCAGAAGAGUUCCGAGGAGUCCACAGAAGAGAGCGCCGAGACAGAAGCCUCGGAGCCUUCAGAUCUCCCAUCAAAAAAGCGCAAGGCCGACGAGGACACAGAAAAGGACGACGAGAAGGCGCGCAAGAAGGAGAAGAAGUCCAAGAAGAGGAAAACAGAAUCUGAUGUUGAAACAGACAGUGCCGGCUCGAAGGAGAAGAAGGACAAAAAGUCGAAGAAGCGCAAGGUGGACUCGGCGGAAAGCGACACAGAGCCAGCCAAGUCGGAGAAGUCGAGCAAGCGGGAGAAGCAGAAGAGCGAGUCUCCAGAAGAGGAGGUAGACACAUCGGCUGAGGAUGCUAAGAGGGCAAAGAAGGAGAAGAAGAAGGAAAGGAAGGAGAAGAAAGAAAAGAAAGAGAAGAAGGACAAGAAAGACAAGAAAAAGAAGGACAAGCCAGUGUCAGAAUCAGGUUCAGAGGCUGGCGCAAGCAGUUCCAAGGAGAAGAAGCGCAAAAAAGAGGAGAGUGUCACCCCGGCAGUUGAAAGUGAUGCGUCAACGCCAACUGCGAGCGGUUACUCGACGCCUGUGACUACGAAUACCCGCUACCUGGCAAGGUCACGGUUUAUUGCCCAGAAGAAGAUGGCCUUUGCAGAUAGUGCGGCGCUCAAUCAGAUCUUCAUGAUCAAGUCCUAG